AUGGACUCUAUUUACAGCUCCACGCGGGGUGACGAAGACGUCAAUGCGGACGACUUCGGUGGGGACGCGCGCCCCGUGCACGAUGCGAAGAUCGCUCCGAGCCCACGGCCCGCCUCGGCAGCACUGCCCAAGCCGGCGCGCGUCCACGUCGCCCAGCGGCCGCAGACAGCCGCUCCCGCAGGAGGCGUGAGCGCCCGGCGCGCGGCGGACCGCAGCCGCAUCAACGUGAUCGUGCGCGCGCGGCCCAUGUCGGAGCGCGAGACGGCGGAGGAGGCCUUCCCGUGCGUGGAGGUGGAGGGCAGCCAGACGGUGCUGCUGUCGGAGUUCUGCGCGGAGGGCGACGUGCUGCGCAAGCAGCGCGUGCAGUGCCGGCCGUUCAGCUUCGACGCGGUGUUCGGUCCGCAGUCGGGCCAGCUGGAGGUGUACCAGGCGUCGUGUGCGGCGCUGGUGGACGACGUGCUGCAGGGGCACAACGCGUGCUGCUUCUGCUACGGCGCGACGGGCGCGGGGAAGACGCACACGAUGCUGGGCUCCGAGCGCGAGCCGGGCGUCAUGGUCCUGGCGCUGUGCGACCUGUACGACAAGCUGGCGGGGCCAGAGUUCUCCGCGUUCCAGGUGAAGCUGUCGUACCUCGAGGUGUACAACGAGGCGGUGCGCGACCUCCUCACGAGCUCGUCGAAGCCGCUGGACGUGCGGGAGGACCAGCGCGGGGUCGUGGUCGCGGGGCUGACGCUGGUGGAGGCGCGGUCGGCGGGGGACGUGAUGCGGAUGCUGCACGUGGGCAACCGGCGGCGCACCACGGAGGCGACGCGCUGCAACGCGGUGUCGUCGCGGUCGCACGCGGUGCUGCAGGUGAACGUGUCGGCGACGGACACGCAGGGGCGGGAAAUCGCCGGGAAGCUGUCGCUGAUCGACCUGGCGGGCUCCGAGCGGCACAUCGCCACCGAGGGCCGCAGCCAGCGGACCGUCGAGGGCGCGAACAUCAACCGGUCGCUCCUGGCGCUCAGCAGCUGCAUCAGCGCGCUGGCGGACGGCAAGUCCCACAUCCCCUACCGCAACAGCAAGCUCACCAAGCUGCUCAAGGACUCCCUCGGGGGCACGUGCAAGACGGUCAUGAUCGCGAACGUGUCGCCGUCCAGCUCCUCCAUCGGCGAGACCUUCAACACCCUCCACUGGGCCAACCGAGCCAAGCGCAUUACUGUCAAGCUUGGAAACGGCCCGCGCUACAUCGAGAGGCCGCAUUCGAGCGCCGACUGCGCGCGUUGUGCACAGAACGAGGACACCAUCCGACAGCUCCGUGCGCGUCUCCAGGAGAUGACCGAGGCACAGGAGCUGCAGGACAUGGGCACGUCGCCACACAACCAGGACGACGCGCGGGAGCUGCAGCGCUUGCUCGAGGAGUCGCAGAUGGAGGUCGCCCUCAUGCAGGAGCAGAUGCUCGCGUUACGCACCGAGGUGGACAUCAGGGACAGGGCCAUCGCGGCCCUCCAGCAGCGCCUGCGCCAGGGAGCCAAUGGCGCGUGCGCUCCUGCCACCGCGGACGAGGGGGUCGAACAUGGCAGGCUGCAGGUGCCUGGCACGCCCGCCUCAGACCUCCCUUCGCACCCGAUCGACGUGUCCAUGAACGGCGAUUCAAUGGCGAAAGAGCACUCCGUGGACGGCGAUGAGGCGGUGUCAGGGCCACCGCCGGUACAGAUGCCAACGAACGCACCGCCGCCGGGCAAGAGCCCGCUGCGGCGCUCGCGGGUCGUCGCUGCGCGCAAGUCAUCGCGGAACAAGCUCGCGGAAGGCCUCAUCGCCCUGGAGACCCAGCUUGCUGACCUCCCCACGGCCCUCUCGCGACAACCGUCGGGCACGGGCUGGGACUUGCACCCCUUGCAGGAAACGAGCCCUCAUCCGUCUGGCGCGAUGACCGAGCGCGGCCACAGGCCACCGCGCCCACCCAGCGACGCCGGGCCCAGCACGCGCGCCCGGACGCGGAGGUCCUCCCAGGAGCCAGGCCCCGUCGCCGCCCUCCCCACGACCGGCAGCGAGAAGCUCCGCGCCUUCCGGAGCCGCAAGCGCUCUCUGGUGGCCCUCGCGGAGAUGGACAGCGCGUUGCUGUACGCCGAAUCCCCCACGGACAAGCGCCCGACGACGCCAGCCUCGCGGCUGCGCGCGGCAACAGCGGGGAAACGCAGCACUGGCAACACCCCGCGGGGCAGCGCCGUCCCGCCGCGCCCGUACAACACCAGGCUGCGUGGGCGUGCGCGCUGA